CUGCUUCGCACGCUCCUCUCGUCGUCUCUAUGUCUCUUCUCUGUACGCGGGACGCCAGAGCCCAACAAGUGCUCGACGAAAUGCACCGCCUUUAUUGAUGGGCUCUGAUCAGAGCAGAGCUACAGAGGUGCACGCAGCAGCAGCAGCACCAGGACCUGGAGGCUGGAGCUUACGCUGCAAGCUAAGCUAGCAUCUCCAUCCCUUCCCGCCAUUCCCCUGCCUGCUUCUCUCCUUCCAGCGUAUAAGCCAAAGCUUCUGAGCAGAUUAUACUGGAUGGUACUCCCAUCGAUUCCCCACCGCCCGCACGACCUCUGCCUCGCACUCGACUCGCCCAUCAACCUCCCUCCGCCCGACCGACCGCUACUCCUCCGCUGCUGCGCUGCUCCCCUUCCUGGCUUCCUCUUUGCCUCCUUUUCUGUCCUCCUCUGCUGCGCCCCUAUCCCAUUCAUUUGCUACGCCAUCCUCAUCACCUUCAGCAGCAAUGGCGCCUCUCUCGUGGCGGCAGCGGCAUCACACACUGCUGCAGGCGCUGCUCUCCCGGGCCCCCCUUGCGGAGCCUGACUUCCACAUGCUGUUCGCCGCUGUCUCCGACAGGGACCCCGCCACUCAUCAACAACUGUUCAAUGAUACACUUCUCAAGAUCAAUAAGGACCUCGCCUAUUUGCAGUUCGAGUUGCGGGCAUGCAUAAACCAAUAUGAUGGAAUGGUUUAUUACGGAGUUGUUAAUAACAUUGUUGAUGAAGAAUCUAAGCUCGGAACAAAGUAUUCUGUGCCCCAGAUUGCAUUCUACAAGGGACUGUUAGAAGCAAUAGUUCAGGAAGCUGGAACUGAUGGGAGCAUAACCAGUAUUGACGCUCUCAAUGUCCGGCUUGAAAACCAGAUUGUAAUUGUAGACGGUUCAGAGGACAGCCAAUCUCGCGUUCCUAGUUCCAUAAAGAACUUCUCACUGAGCCAGAAAGAGAAUACUCUUGAUGAACUGAUACGGGAUCGUUGGUUGUCAUACACCUCCACAGGCAAGAUUGGUCUGGGCACCAGAUCAUUUCUUGAUCUCCGAAGCUGGUUCCGUGGUAAUGAUAUCCCAUCUUGUGUUGUCUGCAACGAAGCUUGUAUAAAGGCAUCAAGUUGUUUAAAUGAGGGAUGCAAUGUUAGAAUUCAUGAGUACUGCUUAAAGAAGAAAUUUUCACAAAGAAAGGCUUCAAGAGCUUGUUCUAGUUGUGGUACUGAAUGGCCCUGUCAGGACGGUGAAGCUGAUGGUGAUGAUGAUGUAAAUGAACCUGGGGAAGAUCAAGUCUCAUCAGCCAAUCGUUCCUCGAGGAAGAAGCGCAAGAGAGUCAAAGCUGAACUGGUGGAAGAAAAUAACAAUGCAGGCCCAUCAAUGGAGGUGCCUAGGAGGAUCUUGAGAAGUGCUAAAGCCGAAGCAGUCGAGGCUGCUCAAGAGGCGUCUUCUGCUGGAGCUUCGCAGCCAGACAGGGGUUCCAAAAGAAGGAAGAAGUAGUGAUGAUGCAGGUUAAGCAAUAGUAGCGAGAGAGAUUGCAAAUGCUCUCUUUUGCCAUGUAGAUACCAUAGAUGUGCUGGUAUCUGGUGGUAGUAGAUGGUCCUUUUCAAGUGAGAGGGCCAUACCUUCUAGUUCUGGUAUAACAUAUAGCUUUAAGUUGCUCUUGCUACAGACUUGUAAAGGUUAUUAUUUAUCUUGUGAGUUGUGAUAGUAUCAUUCAAUCUGGACUGAUAGAGCCAUUCCCAUAUUAAUUCUUGUUUGGUAGUAGAGAACAUCUUGGAGCACUGAAAAGCUUGAGGGCAUGGGAUACCGUUGCUUGCAUUGUUGAUUCUGGAUUGAGGCAUGGUGUUUUGAUCGAGUCUGAGUAGGUGGAUCAAGAGAGUGUAAUCAGAGUCCUUUUUUGGGGGCAAAAAAGUAUAUUAGCGGGUUGUGGUAACUACUCGACAUCAUGUGGAAAA